GUGCCAUAGUGCCCACGAUGGAGACCACGCCGCUGGAUGAGACCAAAGUGACACCGUUCGAGGACGCUUUGACAAAAACCGGUAAUGGCCUCUACAACAUCCUCCUGGUGGCGGCCAACUCGCUCAUACUCCUGGCCAUCAUUAUGGACCUCUUCGGGUUCACUCUCAUCGUCAACGUGGCCUGUGACCUGAGACUCACCAUAGCUCAGAAGGCCAUUCUCUCUUCUUUUCCCUUUAUAAGCAUCAUCGUUGUAUCUUUUGCGUGGGGUUACAUAUCGGACACUAAAGGCCGUAAGUUCACCCUCGUGGUGUCGCUGCCAACAGCGUUCGUCCUCUCGUGUUUGUGCAGUCUGUCUCCGAACUGGAUUGUGCUGGGAGUCCUGAAGUUCCUGUCUGUUUGUUUUUCAUGCGCAGCAAACUCUGUCACGUACACGUUAGUCGGAGAGUCCUGUAUUCAGCGCCUGCGCAGCAAGUACAUGCUUCUGAUGAGCUGCCUUUUGCUGUUGGGCCCUGCUGCUGGUGCUGUUGUUGCAUACCUGACCACUCUAUUGUCAUUCUCACUACCAAUACCAGCAUUGGGAAUCAACUUCACACCUUGGCGGCUUCUCAUCAUCAUAAUGUCUAUACCUAUAGGGCUGGGUGGCGUCUUUAUCCACUUCUUCCACGAAUCUCCCAAGUUCCUCGCCAAUUGGGACAGGAAUGAUGAAGCUCUGAAGGUUUUGGAGUCGAUUUACAGGAUCAACCAUAAAGGGUCGUUGGACGAAUUUCAGAUAAAGCAAAUAAGACUGGAAGAUGUACAGAAAAAGAACAAAAUGUCGCUGACGCGGGCCAUCUAUGAGCAAAGCGCGCCCUUGUUCCGCCGUCCCCUGCUGGGGCAGACUCUCCAGCUGUUCUACAUAGUGGCCAUCGUCUACAUCACUAAUAAUACUUGUGUGGUAUGGCUUCCUCACAUAUUGGAUCUGAUCAAAGUGGCGUUGGAGAAUGAAGUGUCAUCAGGGAAUGUUUGCGCCAUGAUCACGACACAUAGUACCAGUGCCGUCAAUGCGACGGUGGAGCACUCAGCUGAAGCGCCAGUGAUAUGUCUCGGCCACGUUGAAGAGAAGACAGCGCUGACAAUUAUCAUCACGCAAGGCAUCUACUCCUUCCUCAACUUCAUCAUCUCCUGUCUCCCGAAGCACCGGAAGACCAUCUUGAUCUCCAUGCUUUGCCUGUCCUCUGUCAGUGGCGUCGCUAUGAAUUUGACUCCUGAGCCAAUUUCCAGUGUAGUGUUGUAUCUGAUCUUUGGAUGCACCUGCCUGUGCAUGGGUAUCAUGGCUUCGUUGUUUGUGGAUCUCUACCCAACAUCUUAUAGGGGCAUGGCGUCCUGUCUCAGCAUCCUGGUCGGUCGCACGAGCACCUUUGUGGGCAUCAAUGUGGCUGGAAAUCUCAUUUUCAACCACUGCUACGUCACCUUCUACUUGUGGUCUGUGCUUGUUUUCACAAGCGUGAUAGCAGCGUGGUAUCUACCUCCAGACAAAACCAAGAUAAUACCAACCAAUGUUUAGGUAGCUCUAGCAUAUGUUAAAAAAAAUUUUUACUUAAAAUGUUAAAGUGUAAUUCAAAUAGUUCAAUAAGUGCCAUGUGGUUUCCGGCACCAUAGAAAAAAAAUGAGCCACUCCAUCUCGUUCCCAUGGAUGUCGUAAAAGGCGACUAAGGGGCUUAUAAAAUUGAUAUACUUUAACUAAAAAAAGAAUGCCAAGUCUGUAAGCCUUUCCCUUAGUCGCCUUUAACGACAUCCAUGGGAAAGGGAUGGAGUGGUCCUAUUCUUUUUUGUAUUGGUGCCGGGAACCACAAGGCAAAAAACGGCAUUUUAUUUUCAAUUUCAUAUUUGUAUGUCACAUUUGCUAAUUAAUUAUGACUGAUUACUGAUAGUGACAGGUUACUACCAUAGUAGUAAGCCUAUCGCCUAAAAUAAAAACGCCAAAUUUAUAAGCCUUUACCUUGAAUGACAUUUACAGUGUGUGACAGUAGACAUAAUUCUGGCACAGACUUGCAAUUUUUUCGCUACGCUGGAAGGAUAAAAAGUUAUAAUCUGGUGUUGCCAACAUUUAAUCAGCUGAUAUUUCUUUUUCUGGGUUUCGUGGCAGUUAGCAAAAGAAACAAUUGUGUAUUUAAUAAUCCUGUGAUUAUAGCGUAGGUGAAUAGAAUAAUACUUAAAUUUAAUAGGAUAAUUACAAAUAAAAAAAUAAAGAGGCAAUGAUAUACCUAUUUUUUUAUAAAAUUUUUCUUCAUUCACAAAAAUAUUUGUUAUCUUUAAUUGAUAUCAAAAACAGUUCUUAAAUAUUUAUUUGUAACAUUUAUUCUAAUAAACUAAAUAUUACAAAAUAUAUAUAAAUCAAUAUUGUGACGGAAAUUUUUAUAUUCACAAAUUAAACUAUAAUAUGAGAUCUUAUCAUGUAAAAGAAAAAUUGUAGAUUUACAAUGUAAAACAGCAGCAGUGUACGAUAAUUUACAUGCUAUAUUUAUAGGCCUUGAGCAUGAAAGCCAAAAAAUGAGAAUGCAUCCUUCACUUGUUGUUAUGGAAAACGUUUUGUUUAACUAAUUGGAUAAGUAAACCUUUUUUCAACAUAUGAUAAAAAAUAUAUAUAACAGAGCAAAAUAUUAUACACAUACUGACUUUACAUAUUUAUAUAUACGUUUUGUUACCUGUGUUAAAUAUAAGAAUUUGUAAUUUGAAUGUAACUUUUACAUUCCAAAUAUCCUCAAUGUAUUUAUACACAAAAAAGUACCUUUAUGACAACAAUGCAAUAUAUAAAUAAAAUGUUUUCAAUUCUUAA